UCGAUGCAGAAGAAGAACCUGCUGCAGCGUGGAGGGCAGAAAGCUGCUGCAUGUUUGUCAUCUUCACCGGGAUUUAUCAAGCCUUUUGAAGCUUCUACCUCCUUAUUUUAAGAAAUAAAUCUGCAAAAUAUGGCUUUAAACCUCACCAUCAACACCAGCAAGCCUCCUCUGGGGGCCCUUCUAGCAGCCGAGCAUGUGCGGAGCUCCGUGCAGGUGUCGGUGGAGGAAGGCAAGGACACGAAGCUUCAAAUCUCAGACUCGGUCCAGUUCAACGACACCAACUCCAUCAGCCGCUACCUGGCCCGGGUGGCCCCGGCCCUCGGCCUGUACGGGGCCAACCUGAUGGAGCAGACUGAGGUGGACCACUGGCUGGAGUUCAGCGCUCGCCGCCUCUGCGAUCAGCCCGAUCUGACGGCGGCGCUGGGCGAGCUGGACAAGACUCUCUCCCUGCGAACCUUCCUGGUGGGACACGCCGUCACUCUGGCCGACCUGUCGGUCUGGGCCGCCCUCAAAGGCCACGGCGACUGGCCGAACCAGGGUAAAUCUUUUCCCCACAUCAGCCGCUGGUUUUCCUUCCUGAGCUCACAGGUUCCCUUCUCUGCUGUGGGGAACAAGUACGCCAGCAAGAAAGCUCCGAUGAACAAGUCCAACUCGGAUGAGAAGAAGCAGGAUGUCGGGAAGUUUGUGGAUUUGCCCGGAGCUGAGAUGGGCAAGGUGGUGGUUCGAUUCCCCCCCGAGGCCAGCGGGUACCUGCACAUCGGCCACGCCAAGGCCGCGCUGCUCAACCAGCACUACCAGGUCACAUUCAAGGGGAAGCUCAUCAUGCGCUUCGACGACACCAACCCCGAGAAGGAGAAGGAGGAUUUUGAGAAGGUGAUCCUGGAAGACGUGUCGAUGCUCCAGAUCCACCCGGACCAGUUCACCUACACCAGCGACCAUUUCCCCGUCAUCAUGAAGCUGGCGGAGCAGCUGCUGUCCGAGGGCCGGGCCUACAUCGACGACACGCCCCCCGAGCAGAUGAAGCUGGAGCGGGAGCAGCGCGUCGAGUCCAAGUGCAGGAGCAACACCGUGGAGCAGAACCUGAAGCUCUGGGCAGGGAUGAAGGCCGGGACGGAGUUGGGUCAGACCUGCUGCAUGAGAGCAAAGAUCGACAUGAACUCCAACAACGGCUGCAUGAGAGACCCCACCCUGUACCGCUGCAAGAACACGCCGCACCCGCGCACCGGCAGCUCAUACAGAGUCUACCCCACAUACGACUUUGCGUGCCCCAUCGUGGACAGCCUGGAGGGCGUGACCCACGCGCUCAGGACCACGGAGUACCACGACCGCGACGAGCAGUUCUACUGGUUCAUCGACGCGCUGCGUCUCAGGAAGCCGUACAUCUGGGAGUACGCGCGGCUCAACCUCAACAACACCGUGCUGUCCAAGAGGAAGCUCACCUGGUUUGUGGACCAGGGCUUCGUCGAUGGAUGGGACGACCCCCGUUUCCCCACCGUCAGAGGGGUCCUGAGGAGAGGAAUGACCGUGGAGGGUCUUAAGCAGUUCAUAGCAGCCCAGGGCGGAUCGAGGUCCGUGGUGAACAUGGAGUGGGACAAGAUCUGGGCCUUCAAUAAGAAGCUGCCAGUUAGCUCUCUGAAGGUCAUCGACCCGGUCGCUCCCCGGUACACGGCGCUGUCCGGCUCCUACACCGUCCCCGUCUCUGUUCCAGGGGCCAAGGAGGAGAUGAAGGAAGUGGCCAAACACCCGAAGAAUGCUGAGGUGGGGAUGAAGGAGGUUUGGUACGGACCCAGAGUUCUGGUUGAAGGAGCGGAUGCUGAGACUCUGACGGAGGGGGAGGUGGUCACUUUCAUCAACUGGGGCAACCUGGUCAUCUCCAAGAUCAACAGAGGGGCCGACAAGAAGGUCGUGUCCAUGGAAGCUCGUCUGGAUCUGGAGAACAAAGACUUCAAGAAGACGACGAAGAUCACGUGGCUGGCCGACACCAGCAGGGCCCCCGCGCUGCCCGCCAUCUGCAUCAACUUCCAGCCGCUCAUCUCCAAGGCCGUCCUCACCAAAGACGACGACUUCAAGGAACACAUCAAUAAAAACAACAAGCUGGAGGAGAAGAUGCUCGGAGAUCCCUGUCUGAAGAACGUGAAGAAAGGUGACAUCAUCCAGCUGCAGAGGCGGGGCUUCUACAUCUGUGACCAGCCCUACGAGCCAAUCAGCCCCAACAGCUGUAAGGAGAGUCCCUGCGUGCUGCUCUACAUCCCCGACGGCCACACCAAGGAGAUGCCGACCGCCGGCUCCAAGGACAAGAGCAAGAGCCAGGCUCCCGCCGGCCGAACUGCCAAAGCUCCUCCAGCUGCUGCCAAAGCUGCUCCAGCCUCCGCUCCACCCGCUGCAUCCAACUCGGCCUCCGAUGUGUUCUCAAGCAUCGUAGCGCAGGGUGAAGCCGUCCGGCAGCUGAAGGCUGCUAAAGCCUCUAAAGAGGAAGUGGACAAGGCCGUUCAGCUGCUGCUCUCUCUAAAGACGCAGUUCAAGCAGCAGACGGGCGUCGACUACAAACCUGGCAUGGCCCCGCCCACCUCUGCCCCGGCCACGCCCCCUGCGUCAUCAGACUCCGCCCCCUGUCCGUUUACACGUGUUUCCCAGCAGGGGGAGCUGGUGAGGAAGCUGAAGGCAGAGCAGGCUCCCAAGGAUCAGGUCGAUGCUGCGGUGAAGCAGCUCCUCGCUCUCAAGGCCGAGUUUAAAAAGAUCACGGGUCAGGAUUACAAACCCGGCAUGGCGGCGCCCAAGUCCUCCCCCCCUGUGACCAGCUCCUCGUCCCCCCCGUCCUCCUCCUCUUCUCCGGACCCGACUGAGCGCGUCGCCCAGCAGGGGGAGCUGGUCAGGAAACUGAAGUCUGAAAAAGCCCCCAAGGAUCAGGUCGAUGCUGCGGUGAAGCAGCUCCUCGCUCUCAAGGCCGAGUUUAAAAAGAUCACUGGUCAGGAUUACAAACCCGGCAUGGCGGCGCCCAAGUCCUCCCCCCCUGUGACCAGCUCCUCGUCCCCCCCGUCCUCCUCCUCCUCUCCGGACCCGACUGAGCGCGUCGCCCAGCAGGGGGAGCUGGUCCGGAAACUGAAGUCUGAAAAAGCCCCCAAGGACCAGAUUGAUGCGGCAGUGAAGCAGCUGCUGGCCCUGAAGGCCGAGUUCAAGCAGAUCACAGGGAAGGACUACAAGCCCGGAGCAGCUCCGGCUCAGAAAACUGCUGCCCCGGUCCAGAAAACUGCUGCCCCGGUCCAGAACAGCCCCAAACCGGCCCCCACCCCCAGCCCGGCCUCCUCCACCUCCUCCGCCAACGGCGUCUACGAGAAAGUGGCCGCGCAGGGAGAGAUGGUCAGGAAGCUGAAGACUGAAAAAGCUCCCAAAGAUCAGGUGGACGCUGCGGUGAAGCAGCUGCUGGCUCUAAAGGCCGAGUACAAGCAGCAGACGGGGCAGGACUACAAGCCCGGGGCUCCGGCUCCGGCUCCAGCUCCGGCUCCAGCUCCAGCCGGCCCGGCCUCCACCCCGUCCAGCGGUUCCUCUCAGGCCCAGGAGAUGUUCUCCCGGGUGGCCCAGCAGGGAGACCUGGUCCGGAGGAUGAAGGCUGAGAAAGCCCCCAAGGACAAGAUGGACGAGGCGGUGAAGACGCUGCUGGACCUGAAGGGCCAGUACAAGUCUCUCACCGGGGAGGACUACAAACCUGUAACGGCCCCCGCCUCCGCCGGGGGGGAGGACAAGAACCGCAAGGAGAGGGAGAACAAGUCUGAGAAGCAGGGAGGAGGAGGAGGAGGAGGUGGAGGGAAGAAGGGUAAAGGAGACAAGGCGGGUCAAGGGAAGGAGUCGUCAGGAGGAGCCGGAGGAUCCGACGGUCAAGGUCCUAAGAAACAGACACGGUUGGGCUUGGAGGCAAAGAAAGAGGAGAACCUGGCUGACUGGUACUCUCAGGUGAUCACGAAGGCAGAGAUGAUUGAGUACUACGACGUGAGCGGCUGCUACGUGCUGCGUCCCUGGGCCUACUCCAUCUGGGAGGCCAUCAAAGAAUUCUUCGACAGAGAGAUCAAGAAGCUGGGCGUGGAGAACUGCUACUUCCCCAUGUUCGUCUCUCAGGCUGCUCUCGAGAAGGAAAAGUCCCACAUUGCAGACUUUGCUCCGGAGGUUGCCUGGGUAACGCGGUCAGGGAAGACGGAGCUGGCAGAGCCCAUCGCUGUCAGACCCACCAGUGAAACAGUGAUGUAUCCGGCCUACGCUAAGUGGGUCCAGUCCCACAGAGACCUGCCCAUCAAACUGAACCAGUGGUGCAACGUGGUGAGGUGGGAGUUCAAACACCCCCAGCCCUUCCUGAGGACCCGGGAGUUCCUGUGGCAGGAGGGACACACGGCCUUCGCCACCCAGGAGGAGGCAGCCGAGGAGGUGAUGCAGAUCCUGGACUUGUACGCCAGGGUGUACGAAGAGCUCAUGGCCAUCCCCGUCGUGAAGGGGAAGAAGACGGAGAAGGAGAAGUUUGCAGGAGGAGAUUACACAACGACGGUGGAGGCUUUCAUCUCUGCCAGCGGCCGAGCCAUUCAGGGCGCCACCUCUCACCACCUGGGUCAGAACUUCUCCAGGAUGUUUGAGAUUGUUUUUGAGGAUCCCAAGAAGCCGGGAGAGAAGCAGCUGGCCUUCCAGAACUCGUGGGGAAUAACGACGAGGACCAUCGGUGUCCUGGCCAUGGUGCACGGAGACAACAUGGGGCUGGUGCUGCCGCCAAGGGUCGCCUGCCUGCAGGCCGUCAUCAUCCCGUGUGGACUCACGGCGUCCCUGCCGGAGCAGGAGAAGGACGCCGUGUUGGCCCAGUGCUCCAAGUACCUGAAGAAGCUGCUGGCCGCCGGCGUCAGGGUGAAGACCGACUUCAGGGACAACUACUCCCCGGGCUGGAAGUUCAACCACUGGGAGCUCAAGGGCGUUCCCCUGCGUCUGGAGGUCGGGCCUAAAGACAUGCAGCAGCAGCAGUGUGUGGCGGUGAGGAGAGACUCGGGCGCCAAGGUGACGAUCCCCGAGGCCGAGGUGGAGAAGAGGCUGGUGGCGAUGCUGGACGACAUCCAGAACAGUCUGUUCAAGAGAGCUUCAGAUGACCUGAACAGUCACAUGGUGGCUGCAGACUCCAUGGAGCUGUUCCAGCAGGAGUUGGACCAGGGAAAAAUCGUCCAGAUCCCGUUCUGUGGAGGAAUCGAAUGUGAAGACUGGAUCAAGAAAACCACUGCCAAGGACCAGGACCUGGAGCCCGGAGCUCCAUCCAUGGGAGCUAAAAGCCUCUGCAUCCCCUUCACGCCGCUGAAGCCGCUGCAGCCCGGCCAGAUGUGCGUGAGCGGGAAGGAGCCGGCGCAGUAUUACACGCUGUUCGGACGCAGCUACUGAACACCUGGACACGUCCCAGUAGAAAAGGGCUUUCCAACAGAAUCCCUCCUGUUUCUCUGUUUCUGAUCUGUUAUGGGUGUUUAAGGUAACCAGGUCACUCACCUGUAGGCCUCAUAAUAGGAAUACUUUUCUUUUUUUAACAUGGUAACAUUUAUGUAAUGCACUUGAAAGUAAGUGGAGAUCAAAGAAAUGUUUUUUUUUUAUUGGUUGUGUUCUGUUAAACGUUUGUUAUUCUCAGAAUAAUGUGUGAAAGCAGUGUUAGAUCCAGGUUCUAACAGCCAGACUGGUUUGUUAACGUCUAAUAUUCCGAGUUAUGAUGAUGAUUUAUGGACGGUUCGUCUCCGAAACCUCUGCCGUUGCAGUGGGAGUGUAUUUCUUGCAGCUUUUCCAGCUCUGCUCCCGUGUCUGGUUACAUCACGCAGCUCCUGGCGACUCCUGGAGCCACAUUUAAAAGUCAGUGAUGUAAGCGCCUGCCACUUCAGCCCCUGAAGAACUUUGCAGCCUGUGUAAAAUAAAGACAUUUCCAUGGCAAACUGA